AUGCGUUCAUCCCUUGCGGUGCUGGCCACCGCUGUCGUGCAGGCCGCGGUUGGCACAGCGUCUACUCUCACACCCCCAGUCUUGCCAUUGACCGUGCGAAAUCCCUAUCUGAGCACUUGGCUGGGAAGCGCGCGUGAUGCACCUUGGUCGUCAUGGCCCAUGUUCUAUACUGGCGAGGAGGUUGGCCUCUCCGUGAUGGCCCAGAUCCCUAGUACGGGCUCUGUAUACCCGCUCGUCGGCAAGCCUCAUGAAUCCCUCGGGUUGAAGGUCGAGUACCCUACCUAUCUCGGUGCCAAAUAUGAUGCUUCUACGACCAACUUCACCUAUCUCCUGGACACCUCCACCUCGUCGGCUGCUGCACCGCUCGAGAUCACGGUUUCAUUCCUGUCUCCCAUCACCCCGACAUCGACGCUGCGACAGUCUAUCCCUGCAUCGUACGUGACGGUCUAUGUCGAUGGCGAUAUCAAUGUGAAUGUCUACAUGGACCUGAACGGUCGCUGGGUGAGCGGAGAUCAAGGGAGCCCCAUCUCCUGGGAACAUGACGUCAUAGAUCUUGAGCAGGCACUGCAGCGAUGGCAAAUUCGGAGACAAAACGAACUCCUACUCUCUGAAAUAAACGAUCGCGCGGAAUGGGGCACCCUGCACAUCACUGGACCUGCUGAUGUCCAAUACCAGUCGGGUGAUGCUGGCAACGUGAGACAAGCUUUCGCAGGGACGGGCGCCAUCAGGAACUCGAAUGAUGGCGAAUUCCGUGCCAUUGGGGAUCGCGAGCCCGUGUUUGCUUUCUCCAAGUCCUUCGUUUCCAAGCAGCAGAGAGGCAAGAUCAGUGAUAGUGUGACUUUUACCAUUGCUCUUAUUCAAGACCCUGUCGUUCAGUACGCCUCUGCUCGCGGUAUUACUCUGAUGCGGCCGCUCUGGCAAUCAUGGUUUUCAAGUGUCGAGGCGCUACUCCAAUUUCAUUACCAUGAUUUCGACAAUGCUGCGACCUUGGCGUCCGACUACUCAAACCAACUGGCCAAGGAUGCCUAUCUUUCUGGCGCAGAGGACUAUGUUGACAUCGUCGCUCUAUCGGCUAGACAGGUUAUGGGUGCUACAACUUUCUCCGGUACCCCGGAGGACCCUAUUCUGUUCUUGAAAGAGAUCUCCUCCAACGGAAACUUCCAGACCAUCGAUGUCAUUUUCCCGGCGUUCCCGUUCUUCAUGUAUACCAACCCUCGGUGGUUGGCGUAUCUGCUGGAGCCUCUGAUCGAACACAUGCUGAGCGGACAGUAUCCCAACAAGUACACCAUGCAUGAUCUAGGAACCCAUUUCCCUAACGCGACGGGUCAUCCAGACGGAAACGAUGAGUACAUGCCGGUGGAGGAGUGUGGCAAUAUUCUCAUCAUGGGCUUGGCCCUGGUGAACUCCCUCCGCUACAAUAACGAUGCGGCCGCAUCCUCGGUAUGGUCUACCCAGGGAAUGUCGCCCAAGGUGUCGGACGACAAUGCUGGCUACUUCCCUCUGGACAGCCUCCAAACACUCUCUGGAAUUGGUCAGCAGGAUGGUAAAUGGGGCGGUGGCACGCAGGGCGAGCAGCUGGCGAAGAAAUGGGUGCAGCGCAGCUACCGGCUCUGGAACCAGUGGACCGGAUAUCUGGUUGAGUUCUCCUUGGAGCCUGCUAACCAACUGUCUACCGAUGAUUUCGCUGGGUGGCUUGCACUUCAGACGAACCUGGCCCUCAAGGGAAUCAUCGGUAUCAAUGCCAUGAGCAAGCUGGCUGAAGUGGUUGGAGAAGACAAGGAUGUGUCGUACUACAAGAGCAUCUCCGAUACCUACAUCGCGAAGUGGGAGGAACUUGGCAUGUCUCGUGAUGGAUCCCACGCGAAGCUCGCUUACGAUUGGUUCGGCUCCUGGACAACCAUUUACAACUUGUAUGCCGAUGCGCAGCUUUGCUUCCAUCUCGACGGCACCAGCCUCUCUCCUAAGGGCCACCAGAGACAGGAGCCCCUUGGUGACGCGCCAGGCAAGAACAAGGUAGGCUUCGUCCCUCGACACAUCUACCAGAGACAGUCCCUCUGGUAUCACUACGUGCGCCAGAAGUACGGUCUUCCCUUGGACAGCCGCCACCUCUACACCAAGACAGACUGGGAAUUCUUCGCCAUGGCCGUCGCCCGCCGCGACGUCCGCAGCGAGAUUCUGGAGUCUGUGGCCACCUGGAUCAACGAAACCAUCACCGAUCGUCCGUUUACGGAUCUGCACGAAACCGAAGGUGACGGUAAUUUCCCCGGUCCCAACUUCUUCGCACGACCCGUGAUUGGCGGCCACUUUGCCUUCCUGGCCUUGGAGCGCGCGUGUGGUGGUCGCGCCAUGGAAGGAUUGUCCUUCCUUGAUGAGGAGCCAGCUGAGGCAAAGGAAUGGACCACUGCUGCGAUCAAGGCAGCUAACGAGUUUGCUACUACGCACUACCGUUUUGGUCAUGGGUCUGCAGAUGAAGAGCUGUGA